CCCUAAAUUAAUACAAAAGAAAAUAUCAAUUUUCUUCGUACGCGCGUAAAACAAGUUCUACGGGUGAUAAAAUGUCAAUGUUAUCACAAUAAAUGAAUAUUAUUUGUAUCUAAGAUUCCUAAAUCGAUAAAUUGUGUAUAGCAAAUACAAAUACGAGACAUAAAAAUGACAGCAGAACAUAAAAAAUUUUUAAAUGGUCUUUUAAACAGCAUAGAAGGCCUACAUAGUAUAUUAAUCACAGAUCGAGAUGGUGUACCGGUCGUAUCUGUAGCAGAUGAGAAAGCACCAGAACUUGCUAUGAGAGCAAGUUUUCUUUCUACUUUUGGAAUGGCUACAGAUCAAGCAAGUAAAUUAGGACUUGGAAAAAAUAAAAUAGUUAUCUGUAUGUACAGCAGUUAUCAGGUUGUGCAAUUAAAUAAAUUACCAUUGGUUAUCAGCUUUAUUGCUAGUCAUAAUUGUAAUACAGGUCAUAUUUUAUCCCUAGAGAAUAAAAUUGAACCAAUUUUGAGCAAUUUAAAAAGUGCAGUGGUAGAAGCCUGAUGGUUACCUGUAGUUCACUAUGGGUGAUAAAUAAUAAAUAUUCUUCGAAACACUUGUGUAUAUCUCUCGAAGGAUAAUUGAUAUGUUAUUAGGCAUUGUUAUGUACAGUACCUAUAAUUGAAGGAAAAUUGUUCUAUAUUUGUUUAUUGAUAUUAUUUCAUGAAUUAUUAUUUUUUCUCACUUUUUAUAAGAAUGUAUUCGUUAAAUGUAUUAUUUUUAAUGAGGUAAUUGAAUAAGGAAGUACAUAAUUUACGACAUACGCAUGCAUAUUUCUAUUGAAAGAUCUCGUAAUAACGUACUCACAUAUUUAUAACAUGUUUUAUAAAACAAUUCAUUAUAAAAUAUCUAAUUAUAUUUGUUUAAUACUAAACUAUAUUUAUUGAAUGAUAUAUAAUACAUAUGGGAUAAAAUGUAAAUAACAUAAAAAAAGAAAAAAAAAAAUAUAUAUAUAUAUAGACUUAUUCAUAUAACGUUACAUGAAAUUAUUAAAAAUUAAUAAUUUUUUUGCUAUGUAAUAUAUAUAUUCAUUUAUAAAUCAUCAAAGUAAAUACCAUG